UUAAAGAACUAAAAAUCUCAUCAUCCCUGGCUAUUGGCCCUGCUUCCUGCAGCUGCCUGGAGUUAAUAAUUCAGAACUUUUGGAGGGCCAAAGGUCCUCCACACCUGCUAUAGAGCCCUCCCCACCAAGAGAGAGAGUGUUCUUUCCUUGAACAUAGGAAACUGUCUUACACUGAGUCUGACCACUGGUCCAUCUAGCUCAGUAUUGUCUACACGGAGAGCAAGUGGCUCUCUAGCAUUUUAGGUCCUACCUGGACAUGGCAAGGAUUGAACACGGGACUUAUUGCAUGCAAGGAAAUCUACCACUGUGGCGUGGCUCUUCCAAAUGCUUAUAGUUUGUCUUGGGUUUAAAGAAGCCAACAGCGAACGGAUGUAAUCGGGAGAGUAUUUUUAAUAGCAGUCUUCUUGGGCACCAUGACAACGGCUGCAGCAUAAGAACGUAGAAAGAUGGCCAACAGAGGACCCAGCUAUGGUUUAAGCCGAGAAGUCCAGGAAAAGAUCGAACAGAAAUAUGACACAGAACUGGAGAGUCGGCUGGUGGACUGGAUUAUCAUACAGUGUGGUGAAAACACAGAGCACCCCCCUCCCGGAAGGCAACAUUUCCAGAAAUGGUUAAUGGAUGGAACACUGCUGUGCAAGUUAAUAAACAGUUUACAUCCCAAGGGGAAAGAACCCAUUCCAAAGAUCACAGAAUCAAAGAUGGCUUUCAAGCAAAUGGAGCAAAUUUCCCAAUUCUUGAAAGCGGCAGAAAUCUAUGGAAUACGAACAACAGAUAUUUUCCAGACAGUGGAUUUAUGGGAAGGGAAGGACAUGGCUGCUGUACAAAGAACUUUAAUGGCUUUGGGCAGUGAAGCCGUCACAAGGGAUGACGGAUGCUAUAGAGGGGAUCCAGCCUGGUUUCACAGGAAAGCACAAAAGAACCGGCGAGGGUUUUCGGAAGAGCAACUUCGUCAAGGACAGAACGUCAUCGGUCUCCAAAUGGGGAGCAACAAGGGAGCGUCUCAGUCUGGGAUGACGGGAUACGGCAUGCCAAGACAGAUCAUAUAGGUCACAUUCUCCACCUUUAAACACACACUCACACAAUCUACAGCAUGGCCUGACUGGGGAAAAAAAUAUAGCUAGUUAAUGUUCAUGCUAAAAAGAAAAAAAAAAAAUCUGCUUCUAAGUUUUCCCUUCUAAGAUUUUUGGAUUUCUUUUUCCAGCUGCAACCUUUCAACCUGAAAUGUGGACCUGUGUGCUUGAUGUGUACCACUUCGCACAGCACAUUGAUGCCCUGUGAUGUUCGUUUCUGAACUAUGCAAAGACUGUUUUUCUGUAUUUAUCUGCAGUUUGUUACCUUCUGUACUUGUGUCUUAUUGAACUUGCUCUCUUGCACCUCGGCAAUCUUCUUCUCCACUCUACUGGUGAAAUAAUUUGCUCUUCUAAAAAUAAAAAUAAAUCAGGGGAAAAAA